AUGUUCGGAAAGAUUCGCCUGACACGCCUGCCUUUAGCGUGGAGGAAGCGAGAUCGCUCAUUCUCCCCAGCCAUGAAUCUCUCGUCACGUCGACGUAUUCGUGUCCGCGAUUGGGAUAGCUUACAACUUGGUGCUAGCAGGGACAUUUCACAAUUAUUUCCACUGGUCGCAAAACUUUUGCCGUGGCAGCCAGCUGCAAAAGAAGAAGAUCGUGCAACGCUCUUGAGCUUCAAGAACCAGGUGAGCGAUCCAUUAUCCACACUCGGUACCUGGAACACGAGUUCUGGUGUAGAUUCGUGUCACUGGCAUGGAGUCAAUUGCUCCAGCUCGGGCCGGAUCACUGGACUUGAUCUUCAGUCACUAUCACUGCCCAGGCCUGCUUUGCUCGAUGCGAUCCAAGACCUGUCCCAUCUAGAGAAGCUCCACAUCUCUCAGAGCAAUUUCACCGGAUCGUCCACCAACCGUUCGCUGCGAAGUUGCAACCUGGAAGCUCUCGACUUGUCUCGAAACAGUCUCACUGGCGAUGAUAAUCUUCUGCUUGAGAUCCUCGAGAGCUGCGGCGGGACGAUCCGAGCUCUCAACCUUUCUUCCAACGAGCUCACUGGCGAUAAUAUGGUCCUCUCCACUUGCGUUGAUCUUCGAGAGGUCUUCCUGUCCAGCAACAAUCUCUCUCAGAUCGUUUUCCCCGGCUGCAAAAACCUGAUUAGUAUCAACAUCUCGUUCAACCAGAUAUCGGGAGAGUUAUUCGCUCCCGAAAGCAGAUGUACCUCACUGAAAGUUCUCGCUAUCGCUCGCAACGCCUUCUCCGGGGAUUUCUUCUCGCUGUUUGGAGCAAGCCAGCGCUCGCACAACUCCAGCUUGAGCACUUUCUUUCCCGUCGUUGAGAGGAUCGAUGCCGCCUACAACAAAUUCACGGGUGAGGUUCCAGCGCAUAUUGGAGUGCUCACGAGGUACAUGGAUCUCAGCUCCAACAAUCUCACCACCAUAGGAAACCAGCAGCUUUGCAGCUCCAACUCAAGCCUGGAAAGUUUGCUACUACAGAACAAUCGCCUGGAUGGUGAGCACAAUGUGUUUGCCUCCCUCCAAAGGUGUGCUCGUUUGAAGAUGCUGGACGUGAGCUUCAACACGCUUGCCGGAGAACUCCCCAGCAGCCUAUGCGAAAACCAUCCGCAGCUCAGGCACCUGAUCCUCUGGGCGAAUAGCUUCGAAGGACAAAUACCAUCCGCUUUGGCCAAAUGCAAAAACCUGGUCAACUUGAUGCUGAGUUUCAAUCGUUUCGAGGGAGAGGUUCCAUCACAGCUCUCCGACCUGCAAGACCUGCAAUGGUUGAGCUUGAGCAACAACAGGCUUAGUGGUGAGAUACCUGCUGCGCUGGGACGCCUCCACAGGAUGACCAUACUCCAGCUAAGAGACAAUCGCCUGCAAGGAGAGAUUCCAUCGGAGCUCGAGCAGUGCGAGAAUUUGCUGGUGAUAGACUUUGCCGGCAACUUGCUGAGUGGAAAAAUCCCUGCUCGCAUCGGCAAAAGCUCGAGUAGCGUCCUGACACUGGUACCUCAAGUAGAGAGAAACUUGGGAGAGUUGAGGUUCGUGAUACCGGCGCUGAAUCUUCCAUCCUGCACUGGAGCGAGUGGAGUUUUCGGAGUCCAGGGAAUUGCGCUGGAGGAUUUUGAAGCAUUGCUUGCCGCGAGAACCAGGUGUGAUGCUCACGUCGGUUUCUUUCCCCCGGUUACUCUCGAUCUCAGCAGCCCCAUUUACUUGGACGUCUCGAACAACAACCUCACUGGAGAGAUACCGCUCGAACUUGGCAGGAUGGAGGAUCUUAUAGUCCUUGGUCUCGCCUACAAUUCUCUCACAGGAGAAAUCCCGACAGGCUUUGGAACCAUCCGGAAUCUGGACACGGUCGACAUGUCGCACAAUCUCCUCCAAGGUGGCAUUCCGGGCGGCUUUGCGAGUCUUGGCACUCUCACCCGGCUCAACGUCUCGUAUAACAACCUGUCUGGAAUCGUUCCCCAGGGCCCCCAGACUGAAACUUUUAUCCUCGAUGGAAAUCCCCGCCUGUGCAACCAUCUCGAGGUCCCGGGCUGUGCCGCCCCGGUUGAUGCCACGCCACAAAGUUUUUCACGGGGUGGCGACGAUGGCUUCGGCGGCAUCGUUGGGAUGGGAGUUGCUCUUGGAGUCGUCGCAUUUGUACCCAGCGCCAUUCUGUCCUUCAGGUAUUUCUCGCCACUGUUCUUCUAG